CGACCCGUCCGUUCGUCCAACCGAAUCCAACCACCACCACCCUCAUUAGUCUAUCCCAAAAUCCAUCGCCCGAUAGUAUUCUAUAUGGUUCCUUUAUUUAGAAAUGAUGGCAGCAAGAAUUGGAAUAAUACUAUAAAACAGAGAGGGGGUAGCAGGACCAAGAAUUCAUUUGUCCAGGGCAUUCUUUUAGCCACAUGGUUGCUAACUCUAUGUCAAUAUCUGCCUACAUGCACAAUGUUAUUUAGUACAUCAUACGCAUAUUUGACGUAUAAGAUCAGCAACAUCAUCAACAAGCCCCGAAACGAAAAAAGUUGCGUAUGCGCUUGCGAUAAGUCUGAGCUUCUUUUUUUUUUACAACAGAAAGCUGCCAAACAUUCGGAGCAUCGAUUUUCAGGCUCUUCUUCUACUCCCCAACACUUUGUUCUUGGUAUCAUAGCAGCUGAAGUAGCUAUUAACGGUACGUCAAUCGCAACAAUGCUAUUUAUAUUAGCAAUAAUAGACAGAUCUGAGACAAGGACCUCGCAAUAUAUUAUGUGAUAGAUAGGUAGAUAGGUAGAUAGACAUUGCUACGGAACACAGACCGGUCUUGAAACGGCGAUCGAAACUAGAAGAGAGCUCAUGUUAACCAAGCAGGUGACAGAGAGAUACUGUUGUGAUAAGGAGAACUAUUAUCAGAAGGGAUUUCCCAAAAGCAGGAGCAACAUCUGUCUUAUAUUCGGGGGUAUAUCAGUGUCUAAUAAGCAUCUAGUACGUACUCACUUACUACUACCCGUGGUCUUCAACGAGUAACGUAUAGUAUGUAAAUAAUUUUGAUAAGCGAAAACAAACUUAUGGACGAUGGCGUGAACCCUGACCAGUAAUAAAGGGAUGAUCCUCCAUUAGCGAAAUGCACGGUUGUCUGGAAUACAAAUUUCUAUUUCUGUCAUCGGUGCCGUGCCGAACAAAAAGGCAGAAACGAGGACGUUCAACAUGGCGUA